GCCCACGCUCUCCUCAAGCGCGUCAGCAACUUUGCUUAUCUAUCACUUUCCAUUUUCCCGUAUUUCCAUGCUUCGUCGUUUCCGAAACUCCCCACCACUCUCUCACUAAAAAAAAAACCCCUCCUCCCCCUCUCCGCCGCCGCCUCCACCGUCAACCCCCGCCACUCCCACCGCCGCCAUGAAAGAAGCAUCGGAAGGAGAACCCAUCAACAACCCAGCACUGACAGACACACAGCAACUCCUCCACUCGCUCGUGGAAUCCACCUCCCAAGUCCAAAUCUUGAAGUCCAAAUGGUCACCCAUAACCACCAAGCUCACCGCCCUAGCCACCCGCCUCUCCGACCUCUCCAUCCCCACCGCCGCCGCAGCAGAAAACCCCUUCUCCGGAGACCUCCUCCGCUCCGUCUCCGCCACCUGCUCCGCCGCCGCCACCCUCGCCGCCCUCUGCCACUCCCCGAACCCACCCGGCGGCAAGCUCAAAACCCAGAACGACGUCGACGCGCUCUCCGCGAAGCUCGACGCCCACAUCAACGACCUCGAGGUACUCAACAGAAGCGGCGCGCUCUCCGAAACCCCCCCUCUCUCGCCGGCAGCCGCGGUCUCCUCCAGCAGAAGGGAAUCGGUUCGGGCCGAAUCCAGAAAUUUGAUGACCCGGCUCCAGAUCGGGUCAAACGAAUCGAAAAGCUCGGCCCUCGAUUUGCUCCUGGGUCUAUUGCAGGAGGACGAUAAGAACGUGCUGAUCGCCGUUGCUCAAGGGAUUGUUCCGAUACUCGUGCAUUUGCUUGAUUCGAGCUGCUCUUCGGAAAUCAAGGAGAAAACGGCCACCGCCAUCGCCAAAAUCUCGACCGUCGAUUCGAGCAAGCACGUCUUGUUGUCCGAGGGUUUGGUCCUGCUGAACAAUCUGCUCCGCGUGCUCGAGUCGGGCAGCGUCUUCGCGAAGGAGAAAUCGUGCAUCGCACUCAAAGUAUUGAGCAAUUCGAAGGAGAACGCCAGGGCGAUCGGUUCCCGAGGCGGGAUUUCUUCGUUGCUUGAAAUUUGUCAAGAAGGGACCCCGAAUUCGCAGGCGUUGGCAGCUGGGGUUUUACGUAAUUUAGCGAAUUUCGAAGAAAUUAGGCAGAGUUUUAUCGAGGAAAAUGCGAUCUUGAUACUGUUAGGGCUGUGCAAUUCGGGUACUGCACUAGCGCAGGAAAAUUCGGUCGGGUGCUUGUGUAAUUUAAUCUCGGGUGACGAUGAAUUGAAAUUGUUGGUUGCGAGAGAAGGCGGAAUCGAAAGUGUGAAGAAUUUGUGGGAUUCUUCGCCCCCAGCGCAGAAUCUUGAAGUACUCGUUCACAUGGUGCGAACGUUGGCCUCGUGCCCUAAUAUCGCUGAAUAUUUAGUGGCGAACGGUUUUCUAAAUCGUGUAGUCGGGGUUUUGAAUUGCGGGGUUCUUGGAGUGAGAAUUUCGUCCGCGAAGGCGCUAUCCGAUUUGGCGUACAAUAGUAAAACGAGAAAGGAAUUGGGCGAAAUGGGUUGUAUUCCGCUUUUGGUGGCGAUGCUCGACGGAAAGGCGAUCGAGGAGAAAGAAGCCGCUUCGAAAGUGCUUUCGGUUCUUAUGAAUUACGUCGGGAAUCGGAGGGUUUUUCGGAAGGAGGAGAAGGGAAUCGUUUGUGUUGUUCAAUUGAUGAACCCGUUGGUGAAGAAUUUGGAUAAGAGGUAUCUAGUUUCGAUACUAGCGUCGCUCGUGCAUUCCAAGAAAUGCCGGAAACAAAUGGUGACAGCUGGCGCUUGUGCUUACUUGGAGAAGCUCGUGGAGUCGGAUGUCGAGGGUGCGAAAAAGCUUCUAGAAGGUCUUGGGCAUAGCAAGAUGUGGGGAGUCUUUGGCGGCAGGGCUUGAAAAAGUCCAGCGAAAAAAAGGUUAAGUCUUUUCUUAUGUACAAUAUUUGUAUUUUUACGAUUUUUCUCGAUUCGUCUGUAUUUUAUUUUUCUAUGUUUCGAUUAGUUUCGUUCCACAUUGUUUAUAAGUUGUGGUUAGAGAAGUAGUAUACAGUCUAAUUUAUUUGGUGAUGAAACGUCGCGUUUAGAGGUUUAUUUCUUUACUCGGUUUGGUGGCCUAACUUUUAUCGGUGAUGUGUGCGCUCUCGUGUUUUUUUUUUUUUCUGCCGAAAACGAAAUAAAAUUAUUGAAAUGUCGUAUUCGACUUGA